AUGGCCGAACACAUCCGCUCCUUCGAGACGAGCGACGCUUUGGAAGCCCUAAACGAGAAGCAAUCAGCCAAAGCUUCUGCGGGUGCAGUCUGCACUUCCACCCCUACAAACCAGUCCACCGAAGUUACGGACGAAGUUGCCAUUGCGAGCGAAUACGUGGAAGCCGCUGUUCGAAUUGAAGAUGGCGAAGAUCCUGCCAACACACUUCGCGCAUGGGUGCUUGGCUUUUUCUUCGUCACCGUCGCCGCCGGCGUGAACAUGCUUCUUUCUAUGCGAUCACCUGCCAUCACCAUUCCAGUAGUCGCCAUACUUCUCCUAGUCUAUCCCGUUGGCUGCUUUUGGGCCCGGGUAAUGCCUACUCGGACAUUCAACACAUUUGGUGUAGUCUGGUCGCUGAACCCAGGCCCGUUCAGCAUUAAGGAGCACACCGUCAUUACACUUAUGGCAUCUGUCACGUCUGGAUAUGCCUAUUCCACCGACGCUCUAUUGGCGCUUCAAGCCAAGUCACUCUACGAUCACAACCUUGGUGUGGGCUUUCAGCUUUUGUUCACUAUCAGCAGCCAACUCAUCGGUAUCUGUCUUGCUGGACUUGGCCGCCGUUUCCUGGUUUGGCCUGCUGCUCUGACAUGGCCAUCCAACUUUUCCACCACAACGCUGCUGUAUGCCCUCCACGACAAGUCUAAGACAGAUCCCGCGCAGGCCAAUGGCUGGUCCAUCUCUCACUAUCGCUGGUUCGUCUACGUCGCGUCAGCCAUGUUUGUCUACUACUGGUUUCCAGGCUUCAUAUGGCAAGGUCUAUCGGUUUUCGACUUUCCGACGUGGAUCGCGCCCGACAACGUCGUUGUUAAUCAACUGUUUGGAGGGUUUACUGGUCUCUCAUUGAUCCCUUUGACUUUUGACUGGUCAAAUGUGAUUCCGUAUCUGGGGGAUCCGCUUCUAUCGCCAACUCUCUCACACGUGAACACUCUCAUUGGUCUAAUUGUGUUCUUCAUUGUUCCAGCGCUCGGGAUCUCAUAUUCGGGUGCUCUCUACUCUGCCUAUCUGCCCAUGAACACCUCGACUCUCUUCGACAAUACUCAAAACCCUUAUGUUGUGCGCAAUAUCCUUGGAGCAAACUUCACCUUCGACGUCGAGAAGUACAAGGCCUACUCACCCUUGUUCCUCGCGCCAACAUUUGCGCUCAAUUAUGGUCUCAGCUUCGCGGCCUUAACCGCGUCUGUGGUUCAUACCAUCCUCCACCGUGGCAAGAUCCUGGUCCGACAGUUCCGAGAAGCCUCCUCUCAGACCGAGGAUAUUCAUUUCAACAUGAUCAAGAAGUACAGAUCAGCUCCGGAUUGGUGGUAUCUGGCUUUGCUGGUUGGUUCGCUUGCGAUGGGCUUUGGCGUUGUGGCAGGCUAUGACACUCAACUUCCAUGGUGGGGAUUUCUCGUCGCCUGUAUUAUUGCUGGAGUCUUCGUCAUCCCCUGCUGUACUAUUCUGGGUAUGACGAACAUCUUGCUCUCCUUAAACGUCAUAAGCCCUUUUAUUGGCGGAUAUCUCUUCCCGGGAAAGCCCAUCGGUGUGAUGAUAUUCAAGGUGUACAGCACGAUCGUGUUAGGUCAAGCUCAGACGUUCUGCGGCGACCUCAAACUGGCCCAAUACAUGAAAGUCCCGCCGCGUAUCACCUUCAGUUCACAGAUAGCCGCAACAAUUUGGUGUUGUUUCGUACAGAUUGCGACAAUGGACUGGGCGUUGGCCAACAUCGAGAAUGCUUGUGAACCCAUCCAAGCCAACCACUUUACCUGUCCGAACGGUCGGACAUUUUUUUCAUCGAGCGUUGUCUGGGGUGUCAUUGGUCCCACACGUGCUUUCGGAAGCCACAGUAUUUACAAGUACUUCAACUUAUUCUGGCUUGUGGGCGGCGUCCUUCCGAUCGCUCUGUGGGGACUUGCAAAGACGAUGAAACAUCGAUACAUCAGCAACCUCCACGCUCCGGUCAUGCUUGGCGCAAUGGCAUGGCUGCCCCCAGCCACUCCUCUCAGCUUCUUCUCAUGGAUCAUCUUUGGACUUAUCUUCAACCUAUGGAUCAGGAAGCGAUGGCAUGAAUGGUGGCGCCAAUACAACUACUUGACUGCUGCCGCUUUAGACACUGGUUUGAUCUUGAGCACCGUGGUGAUAUUCUUCGCUAUCACUCUGCCUGGAGUCAAUGCACCGCAAUGGUGGGGCAACGUAGAUGUUUUCAAUACGUUGGACUAUAACAUGAUGGCAUUUCGCAAGACUGUGGCGAAGGGAGAGACGUUCGGACCCAAGGAGUGGCAUUGA